AUGAAGAUCCCGAGACGUGGUUUGAGAACGUCAGUUCGUGGGGGCUUGGGGCUCUCUCGGACCCACGCCCGCACCGUGCUGCUCCUGCUGGCGGUGGUGGGGCGUAUGGCUUGGGGCUGGGGUGAACCGGAUUCAAACAGACGGAUUGGAGGUAUCGCACAACGAAACGCUUCAUCAGCACCAUUUAGAUCAUGUAUGGACGUGCUGAACUCUCUUAUUCCCAAGCUAGAUGGAUUCUUCCUCAUCGACCCGGAUGGACAGUCUGGUGCCCAAAGGUUCCAAGUGUUAUGUCGGCUCAAUUCUACGCAUGACCACCCAGGCACCACCGUUAUUCGCACUGCAGACAAUGCCAACUCCGCUGUGCAUGGAAACUCAAGCAUCACCAUCACCUACGACGGGGUACAAAACCAAGACUCCAUCCGGGCCCUCAUUGAUAUCUCUGCAAGAUGCCGCCAGUAUCUGCAAUACCAGUGCAAAAACGCCCCCAUGUGGCUGAACGGAGUCCAGCAGGUAGCCUGGGUGUCGUGGGACGGAAGAUAUAUGCCUAACUGGGGAGGGGUAGAGACUGGACAUGGAAGAUGUGCCUGUAGUCGGAACGCAAGUUGUGCCGGUAGAGGGCACUGUAACUGUGACGUACUAAGCCCACAUGGGUUCUACGUGGACGCGGGCUACAUUACAGACAAGGACACGCUGCCCGUCGUGGGCUUGGAGUUCAAUUACCAUGAAGGAUAUUUUUCCGCUGCAUAUUACAGCGUUGGGGACUUGGAAUGCUUCGGACGUGAUACCGCACAGGAAUUGUUUUGUUUACAAAGGCACCAUCAGUGAUUCAUUUUCCCCAAUAGUACGCCCUCAGGAGCGGCCAUUUCUUCACAUUUCGUCGGAACGAAGUCUACAUUCUACGAGUUCUUCUGAAAAAACAUUUAAUAUUUUCCUUGUCAGAAUUAAAACUAUUUGUUCUCAGUAAAACUUUAACUAUUUACAUGCAGCGACUAUCGAAUAUAAGAGAAACCUUAUGGCAGCG